AUGUCCUGGCAUGUUCCUGGUCAAGGAGCAAAGACACAAUGUAAAGCUACGGGCUUGGAAAGUGCAGAUCUCGAGGAUAAAAAUCCCAUCCCACCCUAUGUGGAUGACAGCGGCUGCUUAAGGCAGGUGAUGGAAACUUCAAGAGCAAGGUUUGACACAACCAUUGGCCCCCUGCAGUACUCUGACCAGUUCCUGCAGCUCUCCAUCAAACUGCCCAGCAGCAACAUCUACGGCGUGGGGGAGCACGUGCACAAACAGUACAGGCACGAUGUCAACUGGAAAACCUGGCCUAUUUUCAGCAGGGACACUGGCCCCUCUGCAGCAAUGGAUAACUUAUAUGGAGCCCAGACUUUCUUCCUGUGUUUGGAAGAUGACACUGGAGCUUCCUUUGGUGUUUUCCUGAUGAACAGCAAUGCCAUGGAGUUUGUGGUGCAGCCUGCUCCAGCUGUGACCUACAGAACCAUCGGGGGCAUCCUGGAUUUCUACAUCUUCCUGGGGAACACUCCAGAGCAAGUAGUCCAGGAGUACCUGAAGCUCGUGGGACUGCCAGCACUGCCCUCCUACUGGAGCCUGGGAUUCCAGCUCAGCCGCUAUGGUUACAGGUCCCUGGAUGAGGUGAAGGAAGUUGUGGAGAGGAACAGGGCCAUCGGGCUGCCCUAUGAUACCCAAGUCAUUGACAUUGAUUAUAUGGAGGAAAGGAAAGAUUUUACUUAUGACAAAGUGAACUUCAAAAAUCUCCCUGAAUUUGCAGCUUAUUUGCAUGACUAUGGACAAAAAUAUGUCAUCAUAUUGGAUCCUGCCAUUAGCACCCAAAAUCUGGUUGAUGGAAGUUCCUAUGGAAGCUACGUCAGGGGAACGCAGAGAAAAGUCUGGAUUAAUGAAUCAGAUGGAGUAACAGCACUGCUUGGGGAGGUGUGGCCAGGGGAAACUGUGUUCCCAGACUUCACCAACCCUGAAUGCACGAGCUGGUGGGUGAACGAGUGCAAAUUGUUCCAUGACACUGUGCCCUAUGAUGGGCUCUGGAUUGAUAUGAAUGAAGUGUGCAACUUUGUUCAAGGCUCAAAAGGUGGUUGUGCACAGAAUGAGUUAAACUACCCUCCUUACACUCCCCAUAUUCUUGACAGACUCUUGUAUUCCAAGACAAUUUGCAUGGACGCAGUGCAGAACUGGGGGAAGCAGUAUGAUGUCCACAAUCUUUAUGGAUAUUCCAUGAUCUUAUCCAGUAAAAAAGCCAUUGAGGAGGUCUUCCCUGGAAAGAGAAGCUUCCUCAUUUCGAGGUCUACUUUUGCGGGAUCGGGAAAGCACUCAGGACACUGGCUGGGGGAUAAUGCAGCAACGUGGGAUCACCUGAGAUGGGCAAUCCCUGGAAUGCUGGAGUUUAACCUCUUUGGAAUUCCUUAUAUUGGAGCAGAUAUUUGUGGUUUCGGUGGCGACACCACAGAGGAACUUUGCAGACGAUGGAUGCAGGUGGGAGCAUUUUACCCAUUCUCCAGGAACCACAAUGCUAUAGAUUCCACAUCUCAAGAUCCAGCUGUAUUUGGAGCCAACUCCUUGUUGGUGAACAGCUCCAAGCAUUACCUGAACAUUCGCUACACUUUGCUGCCCUACCUGUACACGCUGCUCUACAAAGCUCACACCCAAGGGCACACGGUCGUGAGGCCACUGCUACACGAGUUCUACUCUGAUGAAAUAACAUGGAACAUCGACAGGCAGUUCCUGUGGGGCCCUGGGCUGCUGAUUUCCCCUGUUCUUGAGCCGGGUAUGGAGUACACUCGUGUGUACUUUCCUGAUGCAGCGUGGUACGAGUAUGACACGGGCGAACCAGUCCUUAUGAGGAAAUUGUGGCACGAUUUACAAACCCCAAAGGAAAAAAUGGGGCUGCACCUGAGAGGAGGAUACAUUUUCCCUACUCAGCAACCAGGCAACACCACAGUGGCAAGCCGCAAGAAUCCAAUGGGACUCAUAAUUGCCCUGGAUAUCAACAAUGAAGCUUCUGGGGAUUUGUUCUGGGAUGAUGGAGAAUCUACAGGUACAAUUGAGAAUAAAGCCUACAUUUACUAUGAGUUUAAAGUUUCCAAUAAUGUUCUACAAAUGACUGCUACACACAGCAAUUACACUGAUCCAAACAACCUGAAAUUUGAGGAAAUCAAGAUUCUGGGAUUGUCCCAGGAAGUGACAGCAGUUUCUGUGUCUCAGGACAAUGUUGUGCAAAAUUAUCCCCUUAAUAUCACCUAUGAUCCUGUGAGAAAGGUUGCUGUUAUAAGAGGACUUCAGCUUGAACUGGGAAAAUCUUACACAAUCAACUGGACUCUCAGUGUGAGCACCAAUGAAAGGUUUGAUUGUUAUCCCAACCUCGAUCCAACAAAAGAAAAAUGUGAACAACUUGGCUGUACCUGGGAAGAGACACCAAAUUCGAGUGUUCCUGCCUGCUAUUACAGCUCCAACAAUCCUUACUCUGUCAUGAGCCUAAAUUAUUCCUCCACUGGAAUCGUAGCCACCCUCAGCUUGGACAGUGCCAAGGUCAGAGCUAACGAGAAUGCCACGGCCCCAAUCAGCACCCUACUCCUGGAGGUGAAAUAUCAUCGCAACAACAUGCUGCAGUUCAAGAUCUCUGAUUCCCAAAGCCCACGAUAUGAGGUUCCAGUGCCCCUGAACCUGCCCAGCUCCCCCACGAGCACGAGCCAGGACCGGCUCUAUGAGGUCGCAAUCCAGAUCAAACCCUUUGGGAUCCGAAUCCGCCGCAAAAGCACGGGGACAGUCAUCUGGGAUUCAGGCCUGCCCACCUUCACCUUCAGCGACAUGUUCAUUCAGAUUUCCACCCGCUUGGCAUCCCAGUACAUCUACGGAUUUGGAGAAGCUGAGCACCCCACGUUCCGACACAACAUGGACUGGCACACCUGGGGAAUGUUCACCAGGGACCAGCCUCCAACUUACAAGAUGAACUCCUACGGUUAUCAGCCAUUUUAUAUGGCUCUUGAAGAAGAUGGCAAUGCCCACGGUGUUCUCUUGCUUAACAGCAAUGCGAUGGAUGUGACUUUCCAGCCCACCCCUGCCCUGACCUACCGCACCAUCGGAGGAAUUCUCGACUUCUACAUGGUCUUGGGCCCAACUCCUGAACUCGUGGUUCAAGAAUACACUGAACUGGUUGGCCGCCCAGUCAUGCCACCCUACUGGUCCUUGGGAUUCCAGCUGUGCCGCUACGGAUACGCGAACGACUCGGAGAUCGCCCAGCUGGUGGAGGAAAUGAAGGCAGCUCAGAUUCCCUAUGAUGUCCAGUAUGCAGAUAUUGACUACAUGGACCGGCAAAUGGACUUCACCAUUAGCCCACGCUUUGCUGGAUUACCGGCUCUGAUCGACAAAAUCAAAGCAGAAGGAAUGAGAUUUAUCAUUAUCCUGGAUCCAGCCAUUUCUGGGAAUGAAACCGAUUAUCCUACCUUCUCCAGAGGUGUGGACAAUGAUGUCUUCAUAAAACGGCCUGGUACCAAUGAAAUUUUAUAUUCCAAGGUCUGGCCAUUUCUUCCCAAUGUCCAAGUCAAUGAGUCACUACCUGAACAAACACAAAUACAGCUCUACGGAGCACAUGCUGCUUUCCCAGACUUCUUCCGCAAUUCCACGGCGGAGUGGUGGAAGAAGGAAAUCCUGGAGGCCUACAGCAACCCCAACGCCUCGAGAAGCCUCAAGUUUGAUGGCCUGUGGACUGACAUGAAUGAACCAGCAGCUUUUGUGAAUGGUGCCUUGGAUGGCUGUAGGAAUGACCUCCUAAAUAAUCCUCCCUAUAUGCCUGGUUUGGGAUACAGGUCAGAAGGAUUACCCUACAAAACUAUGUGCAUGGAAGCUCAACAAUACCUCGCAGAUGGGACCCCAGUCAGACACUACGAUGUCCACAGCCUUUAUGGAUGGUCCCAAGCCAAACCCACGCUGGAGUAAGUGC